AUGGCCGGCCGUCGUGCAACCGGUAUCUUGUCCUGGACGGCUAAAGCGGCCGUCCUAGGUUCACUCGUUUCUGCCCCUGUGAGGGCCCACAAAGAUGAGGUUGUUACUGUUGAGGUUGUCGUUACAACCUACCUUGACUUGGCUGCGUGCACCCAUGCCUGCAAUCCAAAGAAUGUCUUCAAAACAACUCAAGAGAAGCCGUCGUAUGUGACGCUUACUCUGCCGACUUGCCAAUCAGAGCACGCUACCUCAACCAAACACCCUCAGUGUCCGGUCUGCGAAGGAACUGUCUUUCAUUAUGAGCCUACCGAAGAUCCCUAUGUUACCGUUACAUCCAUUGUCGACGGCUAUGACAGGCCCUAUGUCUCUACUAUUCAUCCUACUUGCCAUGGCUGCGAGGGUACUGCUAUUAUUUGUGAACCCAAAACAAAGAAUCCUCCAAAGCCAACUCCCACAACUUAUACAUGCGAAGGGGCUGGCCCCGACGACCCCAGAUUUACUAUUCCAGCCAGGCGCCCGGAACAUCCCCCAACAGUUGUCAUUGGCACACACGGCUUUACCGACCAUCUCUCGACGUAUACCCACCCUGGAUGGGAUCGUGGAGGAAAAGCUGAAACCCGGACCGUUCUCCCUACUGACCACCGCGGAAAGCCUCUGCCCAAGGCAUCUCCCCUAGUGAUUAUCGGGAAUGCAGGCGUACUGGACGGUCUGCCUCACCGCCCUCUUGUCGGUGUUGACACGGACAGAGAUGGCACUUUUGACAUCGACGGCGAUGGAAAUGGAGAUAUUUCUCUUUUAUCUGGCAGUGUUGUAGAUCUCAAUGGAGACGGUAAACCUGAUACUCAUAUCCAGCCUGACGGUGGUAUUGAUAUUGAUGGCAACGGGCUCCCAGAUAUCACAUUGAAUAUUCCAGGCAUUUCCAUUGGAAGCCAUGGGACCAAAGGCGAUGGAAAGCCAAGCAACGAUAUCAAGCCAGUGGACAGCACCAUGGGCGACGGCACCCUAAGCGAUAUAAAGCCAGGUACUGUAGUCGAUGGUUCUGGCACUCUCGGAGCAGAUGCGACAGACCAAAUUGGUACUCCUCUUCUAGCUAUUGUGCCUGGAACUAGUGUCGACACCAACGGCGAUGGAAAAACAGACACUUUCAUUUCCACUGACGGUGGCGUCGAUCUUAACAGCGACGGUAAACCAGAUAUUACUAUCGACGUGAGCGGAGGCGUUGACAUUAACGGCGAUACUAUCCCUGACACUCUCGUCGGUGUUAGUGGUGCUGUUGAUGUAAACGGGGAUGGUACACCUGAUAUCACGGUUGGAACUCCCAUUGAUACCACUGUGGGUAUUCAGACACCACCUCUCUUUAGCCUCCCAGUUGCGAACCUGGCUCCAGGCACCCCCGUAGAUACCGAUGGUGACGGUUCACCUGAUCUGUUCAUUGGACCUGAUGGGGGCAUUGACCUGAAUGGCGAUGGCAAGCCAGACGUCUUCGUCAAGGGUGACGGCACUGUCGAUCUUGAUGGUGAUGGCAUUCCUGAUGUCAUGAUCGACCUGGAUGGCGGCGUAGAUACCGACGGUGAUGGCCAGCCUAACAUCAGAAUUCUAUAUGAUCACGCAGAUAGUGAUGGAAUUUCUACAAUCAACUCAAUCGUCGGUGCACCAGUUGAUACUGACAGCGAUGGCGUACCUGAUGCCACAGUGACCACAGCUGGUGUUAUUCAGCGCAAUGACGGUGCAAACCUAGGUCUUGUUAUUGGUCUGAACGGCAAUGUUGACCUUGAUGGAGAUGGCAAGCCAGACACGACCAUUCUUCCUGGAGGCGGUAUUGAUCUCAACGGCGAUGGUAUACCCGACAUCUUCAUUGGUGGUCUCACUGUUGGCCUAAGUGGUAGUGGGACCUCAUCUAUCUCCGUCGACUCCCAGGGCAACGUGGAUCUUAACGGCGAUGGCAACCCCGAUGUGACGCUUAACCUUAACGGCACAAUUGUUUCCGGCAAUGGCAGUACGUCCGUCACUCUUGGCACUGGCAAUCUGUUGAGCGGCGGCUCGCAUCCAUUGACUUCAGGCAAUCUCGGCAGCAGUUCUGGGGCUGGUUCAAUUCCCUUUACUAUUCCGGGUGCUGGUGUUGAUCUUAACGGCGACGGCAAGGCUGAUACCACCAUUACCUUUGGUGGGGGCAUAGACACCAAUGGCGAUGGGAAGCCCGACAUUGUCGUCGACCUUAACGGCAAUGUUGAUCUGAACCUUGAUGGCCUCAUUGACACAGUUGUCCGUUCGGACGGUGGAAUCGAUACAAACGGAGAUGGCAAGCCAGAUAUCUGGAUCCUGAGAGCUAUUGCACAAGUUACACCAACCACGGGAUCUGUAGGAAACGGCGUUGUGGGCAAUGGCGUUGUGGGCAAUGGCACUACAGGACACGGAGUUGACACUCCCUUCGUUUUCUUACCUGUCGCCGGUAUGGGAGUUGAUCUCAACGGCGACGGCCAACCCGAUGUUUAUAUUGGCCUUGACGGCGGCAUUGAUACCAAUAGAGAUGGCAAACCAGAUCUAAUCACCCUUUCCGACGGUAGGGUGGACCUAAACCUUGACGGCAUAGCGGAUACUCUGAUCAAGCCAGAUGGUGGUAUCGACAUCAAUGGAGAUGGUAAAUCAGACAUCUAUAUCCUCAAACACGUCAUUGGAUCUGUGAUAUCUGGGAAUACAGUGACUGGACCCACAGGCUCUGGUGGCUCUGUCAUCACUGAAGCUUUUGCGAUUCUCCCAGGACUUGGCGUUGAUCUUAACGGCGACGGGACGGCAGAUACUACUAUUGGCCUUGACGGAGGAAUUGACACCAAUGGAGACGGAAAAUCUGACCUCAAUGUUAGCCUUGAUGGCAGCGUUGACUUGAACCUGGAUGGCACCCCUGAUGUUCAUGUUGGCUCUGACGGUGGCAUCGACACUAACGGAGAUGGCAAACCAGAUAUCUACAUCUUGAAGACUUUUGGAGCAAACAUUCCGUUAUCUCUCACCCAACCCGCUGCUGGCUAUGUAUUCCCAGGGCUCGGAGUUGAUACCAAUGGCGAUGGCCUGCCGGACACCGUCAUCGGCCUGGAUGGUGGCAUUGAUACUAAUGGUGAUGGAAAGCCUGAUAUCUGGAUCAAAUCAAAUGGAGGCAUCGACAUUAACGGCGAUGGGAAAGCUGAUAUUCUGGUUGGCCCUGAUGGCAGUGUUGAUCUAAACGGCGACGGAAAACCUGACUUGGUUAUUCUCGGAUUUCUCCAGGCUAUCCAAAAUGCGCUCAGCGGCGUGGUCGGUGGAAUCAGCAUUGGUGGUAAUGGCAACAGUACCUCCAUUGGCGGAAUUCCUCUGCUCACCAUCAACGGACAUCUCAUCACUGGCGCUGGCGUUGACUUUAAUGGAGAUGGGAAGCCCGAUACCACUGUUGCUCUUGGCGGAGGCAUUGACACCAACGGAGACGGGAAGCCCGAUAUCUUCAUCCUAGAUGGUGGUGGGGUUGACAUCAAUGGAGAUGGAAUCGCUGAUACCUCUAUGCUUCCCAACGGAGACAUUGACCUCAAUGGAGACGGCAAACCUGACCUCACCGUUUUGAUCGACGCUCUCACCUCCGGCGUUGUUGGCACAGUCACUAGCCUAUUGGGUUCUCUCGGCAGCGGACUGAUUUCUGUCCUCCAAGGUCUGACCAUCGGUACUCCUGUUGACCUUAAUGGAGACGGAAUCCCUGACACUACAAUUGGUCUCGGAGGCGCUAUCGACACCAACUAUGACAGCAUUCCCGAUAUUAUCAUUGGUCCUGGUGGCCAGGUUGAUAUAAAUGCAGAUGGCAUUCCUGACGUUACUAUUGGCCCUGAUGGAGGAAUCGAUACCAACGGUGAUGGUAUACCAGAUAUUUUUGUCUUGCCUGGUCUCCUCAGCGGCUCAGGCAUCGGCUCUGGCGACGUGUCUGGAGGCCUCGCGCUUGGCCUCGCCCUUCAAGUUGGUAUCGGCUCUCUCGUCGACCUUAAUGCAGACGGAAUCCCAGACACUGUAAUCGGAUCCAAUGGCGGUAUCGACAUCAACGGUGAUAGUAUUCCGGACGUCUUUAUCCUACCUGGUGGAGGGGUCGACCUGAACGGAGAUGGAAAGCCUGAUGUCGUUAUUAGCACCGGUGGAGGCAUCGACACUAAUGGCGAUGGCAUUGAUGAAAUCACGAUCCUUCCCGGUAUCCUUGGAGGAGGUUCAAUUGGUACCGGAGGACUAGGCGGCAGUCUGCUGGGAGGAGGUAAUGGAACUAGCAACGGUACGAGUAUCAUUGGGGAUGCUCUUAGUGCCGUUCUUCAAGCGACCCUUGGUCAGGCCCUUGGUGUCAAUGGCACCGCCAUCAGCCCCGACCUUAUCGGUUCACUCAUUGGAGGUGACGGAACUCCCGAUCACCCCGGCCUCCUUGGCCAGCUUUUGGCAGGUGGCAUUCUUGGAGACUUGACUGGGGGUAAUGGAACUGAUCUUCUCAGCGACCUCAUUAGCGGGAUCUUUGGCAACGGAACUGAUCUCCUUAGUGGCCUCGGUGACCUUGUCGGUGGAGGCGAUGGAACUACCGGCAAUGGCACUACCUCCCCAGGCGACCUUCUUAGUGGGGUUCUUUCCCAGGCCCUCACCGAGGCUCUUGGACUCACCACCAAUGUCACCGGCCUCGGACAGUUCUUACUCGGUGACGGCACAGCAAACAACACAGGCUUCCUGGGUGAAUUAUUGGGAAUCAAUGGGGCUGUCAAUGAUACUGCCGCUGGCAAUGCGCUUAACGCUAUUCUUUCCCAGGCUCUGAGUGAGGCUAUUGGAGUUACCAGCAAUACAACUGGCCUUGGAGCUCUACUGCCUGGAGGUAAUAUAAUUGGCGGCAUUCUCGGCCUCCUUGGUGGGCUCCUCGCCAAUCAGACCAUCUCCCCUGCUGAUCUUCUCACUGGUGUUCUUACACAGGCUCUUGGUGAGGCUACUGGAGCUGUCAGCAACACCACCGGUCUUGGUCAACUCCUUUUAGGCGAUGGAACACCCAGUAACACUGGUCUUAUCGGCGCGCUCAUUGGAGCUAAUGGAACCAGCCUUGACUCCCUACUAGGUUCGUCUCUUGGAGGUAACGGAACCACGGCAGACCCAGGCGUCAUAGGACAACUCCUCGGAGCCGACAUUAUUGGCCAGCUUCUUCCACCACUUAAUGCAACUGGCAACAACACGGCCCUCGGCGACGCCGUUACUGCACUCCUUUCUCAAGCCCUUAACGAGACUCUUGGUCUCGCUGGAUCCAACAACACUGGACUCGGAGACCUGCUUCUCGGCAAUGGCACUGCCAAUAACACUGGUCUGAUUGGUACGAUUCUCAACGGCAAUGGAACUUUGGGCAGUGUAGGAUUAGGUGGCCUGCUUGGUAAUGGAACUCUUGGCAGCACAAACACGACGGGCAAUGACACAACCGGUACUGAUAACGGAGGUUUCCUUAGUCUCCCCCUUGACGCCCUCAUCGGCCGUGCAGUUGAUCUGAAUGGCGAUGGCAUAGGAGACACGCUCAUUGAUCCUAAUGGCGGCAUAGAUCUGAAUGGAGAUCUCACACCUGAUAUUUUUAUCAAAUCCAUCGGGGGUAUUGAUGUUGUUGACCUAAGCAGCGUCGGAAUACCAAACAUUUCCAUUCUUUCCAACGGGGGCAUUGACCUGAAUGGCGAUGGUACCCCCGAUAUCUCUAUUGACAUUGGCCUUGGCUUCAUCCCCACUGGCGGUCUAACAAAUACCAUUCUUGGCAGCCUACUGGGCGGACUUCUCGGCAACGGGACUACAGGCAAUACCACUGUUAGUAACGGCACUGGCAUUGAUACCGGCUUAUUGGGUAAUUUGACUGAUGGUACAAUUGGAACACUUCUAAACGGAACAGAAGGUCUUGGCAGCUUGGGAGAUUUGGGCAAUGGAACUGCAGGCAAUACCACUAUUGAUUCAGGCCUGGUAGGUAAUUUGACUGAUGGCACAAUUGGUUCGAUACUCAACGGAACACAAGGCCUUGGAGGCUUGGACAAUAGCACUGGCGUUGAUGCAGGGCUCCUCGGAGGUCUUCUAGGAAAUGAAACGUCAGGCAAUGAUGGGCUGCUGGGUGGAUUGCCUAGUAAUAACACUUCAGGAAACGACAACGGCAUCGACUCUGGCCUCUUGGGUAAUUUGACUGAUGGCACAAUUGGAACGCUACUUAACGGAACUGAAAGUCUUGGCGGCUUGGGAGAUUUGGGUAAUGGUACUGCAGGCAAUACCACUAUUGAUUCAGGCCUGGUAGGUAACUUGACUGAUGGCACAACUGGAUCGAUUCUCAACGGAACAGAAGGUCUUGGCAGCUUGGGAGAUUUGGGCAAUGGAACCGCAAGCAAUACUACUAUCGAUCAAGGCCUGGCGGGCAAUUUGACUGAUGGCACAAUUGGAUCGAUUCUCAACAACACCCUUCCAGAUCUUGGGAAUACCCUCAAUAAUACGGUUGGAGUCAACGGGACCGAUCUUGGAGAUCUUGGAGGUGUUUUAAACAAUACAUCAGGCGGAUUGCUCAAUGGAACUGAAGGUCUCUUGAAUAAUACGCUCGGAGGCGACCUUGGGGGCUUGAUUAAUGGGACAGAUUCUUUGCCUGGAGAUCUUGGCAACGGAACCACUGUCGAUACUGGCUCGUUGGGCGGUUUAAGUAAUAGCACCGUUGGAGACGGAACACAAGGUCUUGAAGGGCUAACCAAUGGCACACUUCCUGAUCUGGGGUCAGCCGUCAACGGAAGUCUCUCUGAUAUCGGAAGCACCUUGAACAAUACGAUUGGGGAUUUGGGCAGCAACCCCGAUUUAGGAGGUCUGCUAAACAAUACCACGGGGGGUUUGGUCAACGGCACUCUCCCUGAUGAUUUAGGCGCAAAUGGCACUCUUCCUGAUCUGGGGUCAAUCGUCAACGGCAGUAUCUCUGAUAUCGGAAGCACCUUGAACAAUACGAUCGGGGAUUUGGGUAGCAGCCCCGAUUUAGGAGGUCUCCUAAAUAAUACUCUUGGGGGAUUAGUCAAUGGCACUGAUCUUGGGGGCACUGAUCUUGGGAACACCUUAAAUAAUACCACGGGGGGUUUAGUCAACAGCACUCUCCCUGAUAGUUCUGGAACCCUCCCUGAUCUCGGAAGCACCUUGAACGGUACGAUCGGGGAUUUGGGCAGCAACCCCGAUUUAGGAGGUCUCCUGAACAAUACUCUUGGGGGAUUGGCCAAUAGCACUGAUUCAGGAGGUUUGCUGAACGAUACAUUAGGCGGGUUGAAUGGUACAGAUCUAGGUUCAGCAAACAACGGAACACUGCCUGAUUUAAGUUCAGCCUUAAAUGAAACACUGCCUGAUCUAGGUUCAACGGUGAACGGCACACUGCCUGAUCUAGGCUCAGCGGGGAACGGCACACUGCCUGAUCUAGGUUCAACGGUAAAUGGCACCUUGCCUGAUUUAGGUUCAGGUACCCUCCCUGAUGGUUCAAUUGUGAACGGCACCCUGCCUGAUCUAGGCUCAGCGGUGAAUGGAACACUGCCUGAUCUAGGUUCAACGGUGAACGGCACCCUGCCUGAUCUGGACUCAGGCAACCUCCCUGAUGGUUCAAUUGUGAACGGCACCUUGCCUGAUUUGGGUUCAGUUGUCAACGGAACCCUACCUGAUCUCGGAAGCACGGAUAACGGCAGCACUCUCAAUGGAACAGGUUCUCUUGUAGACGGGCUCCUCGACAAUGGAACUGCAGGCAAUAUUACUGACACCGGCUCGUUGGGCGGUUUAAGUAAUAGCACGAUUGGCGAUGGUACACAAGGCCUUGGGGGCUUGGCCAACGGCACGAUUGGAAACUUGAUCAAUGGUACUGAAGGUCUGAUCAACGGCACUUCCAACGGAACAGAAAUACUUGGAUCAGUCAACGGAACAGAUUCUUUGACAGGAGAUCUUGGCAAUGGAACUACAGGAAAUACAACGGUUGAUCAAAGCUUGGGUGGUUUACUCAAUAGCACGACUGGAGAUCUUGGGGGGUUGGCCAACGGCACCAUUGGGAGCUUGGUCAAUGGUACCGAUUCUGUACUAGGAGAUCUUGGAAGCAACCCUAGUAACACUACGGAUGGUUUAUUAAGUGAUGGCUUGGGUAAUGGAACUGCAGGUAAUACUACUGACGAACUGAGUGGUUUACCCAGUAGCACAGGCGUUGAUCAAGGUGUAGGCGGCGUUCUAAACAGCACUCUUGGAGAUUCAGAUCUGGGAAGUAUUCUGAACAACACUGCCGACGGAUUGGUCAACGGAACCGGAAGUCUCCUGAAUAGUACUCUUGGGGGUACAGAUCUUGGAGGAGUUUUAAACAGUACUCUUGGAGGCACAGAUCUAGGAAGUGAUUUGAACAACACUGCGGACGGAUUGGUCAACGGAACCGGAACCCCCCUGAAUAGCACUCUUGAGGGUACAGAUCUUGGGGAUGUUUUGAACAAUACACUCGGAGGCACAGAACUUGGUAGUGCUGGAGGCGUAAUCGACAACACUGUAGGCGGAUUAUUGAAUAAUACCGGCCUUGCUGGUGGAAACAAUGGAACUGGAACCGACACUGGAUUGCUGGGAGGUUUGAUUGGAACCCCCGACAAUAGUACAGAAGGUGAAGGAACCGCCCCCAAUUCAACCGAUCUUCUCAGUGGAUUGCUCGGAAGUAAUGGAACCGCCGCAAAUGAUACCUCAACUGGAUUGCUCGGAACCUCAGAUAACAGCACAGAAGCCGGCAUCAUGGGAAACCCAGUAAACAGCACAGAUAAUCUUUUAAGUGGACUAGGAGAUAAUGGAACCGCAGCGAAUGACACUGGAAAUCUCCUGGGAGGGUUGCUUGGAAACUCAACCGGUACAGGAAGCACCACCGACGGAAACACGACGGGUGGCCCUGGAGAGCUUGGUCUCAAUCUAACCGGUACUGUUGGAAGCACCAUCGACAAUACCACAGGAACUACUGGAGAUCUCUCUGGACUCCUGGGGGGCGCUGGAAACAACACAAGCAAUUCGACGGAUGGACUCUCAGGAAUCACAGGAUUAGCUGGGAGUAAUAGCUCAACAGGCGGCGUUGGCUCGAGUAACACUACUUCAAGCGACGACCUCCUCGGCGAUCUUCUCGGCGGAGGUGGCUCUUCAACGACUGGCGGCACUGGGUCGACUAAUUCAACUGGAUCGGCUCCGCCGACUGGUGGCGACCUUAUUGGCGCUCUUCUGAACGCAACGAGCAAUCUUGUGAAUUCCACCGGCACACUGCUUGGUGGUGCGGUAAAUUCAACAAGUGACUUACUUUCUGGCCUUCUUAACUCAACAGCUGGUUCUGCGAAUACAACAGGCAGUGCGGUGAAUUCCACGGGUAACUUACUUGGCAAUCUCUUAGGAGGCACGGGAUCCACUGGAACUGGCGCGACCAACUCCACCAACUCCACCGGCAGUGGUCUUUUAAGUGGUUUGCUCUCUGGAGGCACAGGAUCAACCGGUACUGGAACAACGAACUCGACGGGUACGAACUCGACGGGUUCAACUGGAAGCGGCGGUGGUCUUCUGACAGGCUUGUUGGGCGGAACAGGCUCUACCGGCACUGCUGGGUCUGGCACAGCCAAUACCACGACAACAAACUCGACUGGAAACACUGGAACAGGUCUCCUAGGAGGGUUGGGUACAGUUGGAACAAACACCACCGGAACCGUCACAAAUACCACUGCGAGUCUCGGCCUAGUUGACAAUGUCUAUCUUGUUGACGGCGACGAUGAGCUGUUUGACAUCCAGGGUGUAGGCGAGUAG